AUGUCGUCCGUGGAUCCGGACCCGUUAUCACGUCUAGGAGUACGCGGUUUGGAGGCACUUGUUGAUGACGAUACGAAAAAACGGCAGAUUAGUAUCCGACAUAUCGCACCGAAGGAAAGCAUUAACACUUUGAAGGAUGCUUUCAAUCGCCAUCUACACUACACGAUGGCGAAAGACCGGAACGAAGCCUCUGAUUGGCAUUUAUAUAUGGCUCUGGCCCAUACUGUCAAGGACACGCUGGUCAGCCGAUGGAUUCGAACCCAGCAACACUAUUACAAGAAAGAUCCCAAACGUGUGUACUACAUCUCUCUGGAAUUCUACAUGGGUCGGACGCUAACCAACACUAUGGUUAAUUUAGAUAUACAGCCAGCAUGCGAAGGAACAAUGCGAAAGUUGGGCCUUGAUAUGGAAGAGCUAGAGAACAGCGAGGAGGACGCUGGUCUCGGAAACGGUGGACUUGGGCGUUUAGCCGCCUGUCUAAUGGACUCAAUGGCCACGCUAGGUAUGGCAGCCUAUGGAUACGGUAUCCGCUAUGACUAUGGUAUAUUCGAACAGAAGAUCAAAGGUGGAUGGCAGGUGGAGGAACCGGAUGAGUGGUUGAGGUAUGGAAACCCAUGGGAACAUGCGAGGCCAGAGUUUACCAUUCCUGUACAUUACUACGGCAAUAUCGAACACAACGAACAAGGAUCCAAGUGGGUUAACACACAGGUGGUUCAGGCCAUUCCAUACGAUACGCCGAUACCUGGUUUUCGUAACAAUACGGUUAACACUAUGAGGUUGUGGUCUGCAAAAGCAUCAGAUAGCUUCAAUCUGAAUUUCUUCAACAAUGGAGAGUAUUUGAAAGCAGUUUACGAUCGAAAUUUAGCUGAAAACAUUAGCAGGGUCCUCUAUCCCAAUGACAACGUCUUUGAAGGCAGGGAACUUCGUUUAAAACAAGAAUACUUUCUUGUUUCUGCUUCUCUUCAGGAUAUCAUACGGCGGUACAAAUCCCCGAAACGCGGAGGAGCGCACGGCUUCCGGAAUUCGUUCUCAAUAUUUUCCCAGAAGGUUGCACUGCAGUUGAACGACACCCAUCCAUCACUCGCAAUCCCUGAGCUGAUGCGCCUCCUACUGGACGAAAAUGGUCUCGCAUGGGAAAAUGCGUGGGAGAUUGUCCAGAAUACAUGUGCCUACACGAACCACACCAUUCUUCCAGAGGCUCUCGAACGCUGGUCUACGCAGUUACUGGAAAAAGUCUUACCGCGACAUCUUCAGAUUAUUUACAUCAUCAAUCACCACUUUCUUGAUGAUGUCAAACAGCGUUAUCCUGGAGAUGAGGACCGUGUUCGGAGAAUGUCUAUUGUAGAAGAAGAAGGGGAGAAACGUAUCAACAUGGCACACCUAUCGAUCGUUGGGUCACAUGCUGUGAAUGGGGUCGCUCGUAUACACUCCAAUCUGCUGAAGAGCAAAAUCUUCAAGGAUUUUUACGAAAUGUAUCCCGAAAAGUUCCACAACAUCACGAACGGCAUCACACCCAGACGAUGGCUUAUGGUGUGUAACUCAUCUCUGACAAAAAUCAUUAGCAAUACUAUAGGAACCGAAUGGCUCACCAACCUUCACUUUCUAAGGAACCUGGAAUCAUUUCAAACCGAAGAAAGGGUUAUCCGACUGAUCAUUGAAUCUAAAAAAGAAAACAAAAGAAAGUUGGCUGCCUAUCUGAAGCAGAAUGGAAAUUUUGAAGUCAACCCUAACUCUAUGUUUGACGUCCAUGUCAAAAGAAUACAUGAAUACAAACGUCAACUUUUGAACUGUCUUCACAUCAUUACUUUGUAUAACCGAAUCAAAGCAAAUCCCGACAUGGAAGUCGUACCCAGGACCGUGAUUAUAGGUGGAAAGGCAGCACCUGGCUACUUCAUGGCCAAACUAAUCAUCAAGCUGGUCAACAACAUCGCCCAAGUUGUCAACAAUGAUGAAUCCAUACAAGAUAAACUGAAAGUGGUGUUCCUACAGAACUACCGAGUCUCCCUAGCAGAGAAAGUCAUCCCUGCAGCAGACCUAAGUCAGCAGAUCUCUACUGCCGGAACUGAAGCUUCCGGUACCGGAAACAUGAAAUUCAUGUUGAAUGGUGCUCUGACGAUUGGAACCCUUGACGGUGCCAACGUCGAGAUGCGAGAAGAAGUAGGCGAGGAAAACUUUUUCCUGUUUGGGAUGAAUGAGACAGAGGUAGAAGAUGCCAGACCAAACUACUAUCCAAAGAAAUAUUACGAUGAGGAUCCAGAGCUGAAGCAAGCACUUGAUCAAAUCAACAAUGGAUUUUUCUCUCCAGAGGAUCAGGGACUCUUCAGGGAUAUCUAUAACCAGCUCGUGUUCUCAGACAGAUAUAUGCUUCUUGCUGACUUCCGGUCUUACAUUGAGUGUCAGAAACGGGUUGAUGAACUGUACUGCAGGCCCCGCGAGUGGGCUAGGGUGUGUCUCCUGAAUAUCGCCGCGGCAGGCAAGUUCUCUAGUGACCGUACCGUCACUGAAUACGCCUCCAAAAUCUGGGGAGUUGAUCCUUCCGAUUACAAACUUCCGCUCCCACAUGUUGUGUCAAAUGAUUCACAUUGA